AGAAGAUACACUUGUUGAAUAGGACACGAAUUAAACAGUAGUAACCGAUCUCUAUAUAUCAGUAUAGAAAAAAAUAAGAUGACAGAAAAUACGGAAAAGGAUGUACCUGCUUUUAUCGUCGAAGAUGUCCAUUUACCUGUUGAUCUAACAAUAGCCGAUAAAGAAGAAAGCGAGAAAAAAGAAAAAGGAACCAAAAAGUUUGACAAACUCAAACUUUCAGAGGAAGAAAUCGAGGAGAGGCGACGCUCAGCGAACUACAUGGAACGCCGCCGCAUGAAGAAAAUGUCGUCUGCCCUGGCGGAUCUGCGAAAGUGCAUCCCCCAACAAUACCAUUUGUAUCAUCGACGAAUGUCUAAAAUACGGACUAUUAGACUUGCCAUUGCUUACAUUAAAGCCCUAAAAGAUAUUCUGUUAAAAGACGACCAAAGACGCCAACUUGUCGCUAUGUCAUCACAGUCAUCUUUUUCUCAUGCAGGUUUGCGACUUCCUCAUGAACCGUUUUCUCCGAUAAGCAGCAGCAUGAUCAUCGCCGCAUAUGCCGCUCACGGAGCUCAAGUUCCUAAGCGACAGCUUAUGUUUUCCCCGGAUCUCCGUUUCCAGGAAGUUCCCGAACCUCGUUUCCAGACGCCCAGAGUCCCUCGCCAUUCUGUCUACCAAACACCCGUCAAUAAUCCUAUUUAUGGACAGUCAUUUUUCCGGACCCCGGGGUUGAAUAAAACUGCCUCGGAACACACAAUAUCUUCCCCGGAGGAGGAAGUAAAACAGGUCGUAAUAGCCGGUUAUACGGUAUUCCAUAACGAGGCAGAUGGAGCCUCCUGUCCGAUCGGAGCCUCUCGGAGUUCUUCCUGUAGAUACGUCACGGAGGGAUUUGAUGGAGUAUGUCCGCUACCAGAGGACGACGGUGCCAGGGAUCAAUUAUGAUCGAAUACCGAAGAUGUACACAUUUGCAGAUACCUGACAGUGCUAUAGGACCAAGUCAAAGAGGAUGGAAUUUUCAAAUGUUUACUUUUUCUAACUUCAAAAUAAAACUGUUUUAUAUAAAUAAUGUCAAACUAUCA